UUGACCAUUUUGUUAAUUAUUUCUGUUUGUUACCAUGUCACUUUUUUGUUUUUAGAUGGAAUAUGUGAAAGUGAGGUUUUUAUUCAUCAACGUCCGUUGCUAGUUGCUGAAUUUGGAAGCAGUGUGAUUUUACCCUGCUCUCACUCAGACGACUUUAUAAACUCUGUUUCAUGGUAUAAACAUUCUUUUGGCAAGAAACCACUUCUCAUAGCAUAUUCAGAACAUGGCUCUGGAAGUAUUACAUAUCAAAAUGGCUUUAACAAUUUAAAUAAAUACCAUAUCAGAACUGGAAAUGGCUCUUUUAAUUUGACUAUCAUACACUUGGAAGAAUAUGAUUUUGCAACCUACUAUUGUGCUGUGAGAUUCUUUAACAUUGUUAAAUUUGGAGAAGGGACGAUUCUUCUACAUAAAGAGAGUGACGGAAUAAGAAGCACCACAGUUAUCCAGCAGCCUGUAUCUGACAGACUUCAUCCAGGAGAUUCAGUGACUCUGCAGUGUUCGGUCAUCAGUCAGAUCUGUGCAGGAGAAUACAGCGUCUACUGGUUUAGACAUUCAUCAGGACAUUCUCAUCCAGGACUCAUUUACACCCGUGAUAACAGGAGUGAUCAGUGUAUGGAGAGAUCAGAGAACGGCUCUUCUGCCCAGAGCUGUGUCUACAGUCUCUCUCAGACUGAACUCAGACCAUCUGAUGCUGGGGUUUAUUACUGUGCUGUUGCCACAUGUGGGAAGAUACACUUUGGAAAUGGAACUAAGUUGAUUAUUGAAGAUCUACAGUUCAUGUGGAACCCAAUUACUUUAGUUCUGGCAACACUGAACAUCAUGACCAUGAUUGUGAUUACAAUUCUGCUGAUAGUGAUUCAAAAGAUCCACAUUAGAGAUACCUUGAAUCAUCCCAGAAAUCAGUGGAAGAAGAUCAUGGAUACUGAUACCUUAAACCAAGAAGAGACACAAGUCCUUUAUACCCAGUCCAUCAAGCUAGUUGACAGUAAUGAUGGCUGAAAACAUUAUCAUUGCAUAGUUGUUGAGGACUGAUGAUUAUGUUAGCGAACAUAAGUUUUUUCUAAUGACUGAAAUGUUUGUAAUAUGCGUACAAGUUCACAUUUUUAUAUUGCUUUGGAUAACAGCAUCUGCUAAAUUAAUUCAUGAAAAUGCUGCAUUAAUGGUUAAGUUCUGUUAUUGUUCUCUUGCUUUUUAAGUAUUUUAUUUAAUGUUCGGACACAAAUGAGACUUGAGAAAUAUUUUAGGAAAAAAAGUCAAAACUGAGAAUGUGGUGGAAGAAACAUAGAAUAUCUCUUUACUGUCUUUCUGUAAUUUCUGUCAAGACUGCAUAAUAGGAAUAUUUUAUGCCUCAGAGUUUGCUCUUUAAACUCAUGAGACUUAGUUGUGAUUCUCAUGUAUUUCUCAUUUUAGUAUCAAUGGUGUCUCAGAUGUUUCUCCUAAAAUUCCUUAGGAUAAAUAAAAGUAGACACAACUGAGACAUGAGAAAUAUCUGAGAGAGAGGAGUACAAAAUGAGAAUGGACUUUGAGAAAUA